AUAAACCGGCGCGGUGUUUAGACUCCACUGAUGUCGUGGCGCUCAGAGGCAAAAAGUUGGUGUUCUGAGGGGCCCUGGGACUGAAGUCGAGGUCCGGUGACCGUGGCCCUUUCCUACCCACUCCUCCUCGCCCGCCUUUCCCUCUCCUGGCAGGAUGAGGCGUGCAGGCCUGGGUGAAGGAGCACCUCCUGGCAGCUAUGGGAACUAUGGCUAUGCCAGUAGUGGAUAUAAUGCCUGUGAAGAAGAGAACGACAGACUCACUGAAAGUCUGAGAAGCAAAGUGACUGCUAUAAAAUCUCUUUCCAUUGAAAUAGGCCAUGAAGUUAAAAAUCAAAACAAACUAUUAGCUGAAAUGGAUUCGCAAUUUGAUUCUACAACUGGAUUUCUAGGUAAAACCAUGGGAAGACUGAAGAUUUUGUCCAGAGGAAGCCAAACAAAAUUGCUAUGCUAUAUGAUGCUGUUUUCAUUGUUUGUCUUUUUUGUCAUUUAUUGGAUUAUUAAACUGAGGUGAUGCAAGUUAGUGUGGGCUUGGAAUCUGUUUCAGUUAAUGUCUUGGGGUACCACUUUGAUAGCCCGCAUCCCAACAUUCCUGAUGGCCUUUUUCAUUGAGGAUUACUGGCGCUUUCCUCUUUCAGAAAUCAUGCUAUACCAUAUAAUGUUUUUUGACUACUGUUCCUUAUUCACUCAUUUUGACCUCUGUUUUCAGGGGUAUUGAGUUAGCCUGAAGUCAGUGUGGCUGUACUAAUGUUUUUCCAGUCAGAUUAAAUUCCAGUAUCAUACCCUGUUGUUACAUAAGUGUAACUCUCUGAAGCAAGUGGGAGAGCAAUCGAAUGCUAGAGAACCUGACAUCAGCUUCUGUGGUGCUUUUUGAUGGUGGUAGAAGUGGGAGAGCAAUUGAAUGCUAGAGAACCUGACAUCAGCUUCUGUGGUGCUUUUUGGAUGGUGAUAGAAUGUUCCCUUUCUUUUGCUUGAUGUCAUCGUUGGGAUGAUGCGCUUUCCCUCACUUGUUUCCAUCUAGGUACCAAGUUUCUUUUCCCUACAAUUUUCUUAAUACAUUUGUUCAUGUGAAUUCUUUGUAUACAGACUUCCUUGAGUAAAGCUAUUGACAUAUUUCUAUGGGCGCCUACUACACGUGUACAUCAACAUAGGUAUUGUUUUAUAUUAAUGAUGAAUUCCAUUGAUCUGCUUUAGAAAAGUUUUCUGAUGUCUAGCUGCUUUGGUGGGCCAUUUGAUGAUUGUUUGUGUCAGAAUAAUGUGAAGCUCAGUGAUUGCUAAACUCUGUGUAGAAAUGAAGUGUUCAGGAAACUCAGUGGCCUCUGUUCUCCUGUGUGCUCAACACAGGGACUGAGAAUGUGCAGGCAGUGAGCCCCAAGUUCAGAUCAUUGUUCUCCUCCAGUCUGUCUGCUUAUAGAAAUCACAACACGAGGCGGAUUAGUACAAAAUAAGUACUAUUCAAAUAUUGUAAAACAUUCUGUAUUGAUCCUGCUGUAGAAAUUUGCCUAUUUCUAGGUUCACAAAUAAACUUUUAUGAAAAUAUA